GUGGGUUUGCGUUUCCUUUUCCAGCGGGUCUUCCUCACCCAGGAAUCCGCCCACGCCCCUGCGUCUCCUGCGUUGGCAGGUAGAUUCCUUACCGCUAGUGGCGCCUGGGAAGAAACUGAUGAGAGUUUGGAUUAUUCACACAAUUCUGGGAGAAGAGAGUCUCCGGAUCCUGGUGCCGACGGAAGGUGAGAGCCUUCCACUGAUGGACAUCAAUACUUGUGAGACUGAGGCCCCUGAGCUAUGGGACUAUGUCUUUGUGGUCGAUCGUCGCACCCAGAGAAACCCUCGGCAGGUCCAGCGGCAGCGGCAGUUUCUGGAAGAGCUUGAGAACCAGGGCUUUCGCUACAAGGCAAUGGAGGACCAGGAGAAGGAGUUCUUCGGGAUCCGAGCUAACAAUAGCAUGUUUGACCGGUACUGGAGACUUACGGAGACCGAGGACACUGUCCCCAGAGGGGAGCUGUCCAGGCCAACUUCCAUCCGAGCCACCAAUAGAAUCCGAAUUGUCGACUUUGUCCUGAACAGCAAGAUGGCAGCGGGUGACACGCUCCAGGAUUUGGUGAAGGAUGGGGUCUUUGAGGCCGGGUUCCCCCUGCACAAGGGGGAGGAACACCUAAAGAAGAAAUGGGCCCGGUGGAGAAGCAUGUUCCAAAGGCAGCCAAUUAGUGAUAUCAGGGACUACUUUGGAGAGAAAGUGGCCCUGUACUUCGCCUGGCUCGGCUGGUACACUUACAUGCUGGUGCCCGCCGCAGUGAUAGGCCUCAUCGUCUUCCUGAGCGGGUUUUCCCAAUUCGAAGCCAGCCAGAUAAGCAAGGAGAUCUGCAAGGCCCACGACAUCUACAUGUGCCCUCGCGGAGAUCACAACCGCAGGUUCCAGCGGCUCUCAGACACGUGCGCCUAUGCCAAGCUCACCCACCUCUUUGACAACGAGGGCACUGUGCUGUUCGCCAUCUUCAUGGCGCUGUGGGCCACCGUGUUCCUGGAGCUGUGGAAGCGGGAACGAGCCCGAGUGGUCCUGCAGUGGGAGCUGUACGGGUGGGACGAGGACCAGGAGGAAAUGGCUCUGGGGCUCCUAAGCUGCCCGGACUACCAGCCGCGGCUGUACCAGCACUCCUACCUGCGGAGCACCGUCAUCCUUCUCCUGUCACUCUUGAUGAUCUGCCUCAUGAUCGGCAUGGCCCACGUCCUGGUGGUCUACCGAGUCCUAGCUGCUGCCCUCUUCAACUCGGCCCUGCCUUUCUUGGGGGAGCAGGUGACCACGGCUGUGGUGGUGAGCGGGGCCCUGGUUCACUAUGUGAUCAUCCUCAUCAUGACCAAGAUCAACAAAUAUGUGGCCCUGAAGCUUUGUGACUUUGGUGAGAGACUGGCUUCUCGGGGAGAGGAUUCAGGGUGGAGGUCUUGGAACCCUGGGGUGGGGAAAUGGGGCCCACAAGAGGCCAGAGCAUCCUGCCUGGGAGACAGAGAAACCCAGGACCUUUUCAGAGCGAGAGAGCAAGUUCACUAUCAAGUUCUUCACUCUGCAGUUUUUUGCUCACUUCUCCUCCCUUAUCUACAUUGCCUUCAUCCUGGGCAGGAUCAACGGUCACCCCGGGAAGACGGUGCGCCUGGCGGGGCUGUGGAAGCUGGAGGAGUGCCACCUCAGCGGCUGCAUGAUGGACCUGUUCGUGCAGAUGGCCAUCAUCAUGGGUCUGAAGCAAACGCUCAGCAACUGCGUGGAGUAUCUGAAGCCGUGAGCACCCCCUCCCCUCCGGGCGCCGCCCACCGCAGGGAGUCCGGAACCGCAGGACGCCCCGCCCCCCCCCCCACGCCAGCCCCGCUGCUCCUCCCCGUUCUCCCCCCGGGUUCUCCUGCCCCUAGGUGGCUGGCGCACAAGUAUCGCUCCUUGCGGGCCCCGUCUCAGGACCCCGAGCUGGGCCUCUGGCAGCGCAACUAUCGGCUGAACCCAGUCUACACCUUCAGCCUGUUCAACGAGUUCAUGGAGAUGAUGAUCCAGUACGGCUUCACCACCAUCUUCGUGGCUGCCUUCCCGCUGGCCCCGCUGCUCGCGCUCUUCAGCAACCUCGUGGAGAUCCGCCUGGACGCCAUCAAGAUGGUCCGGCUGCAGCGGCGCCUGGUGCCACGCAAGGCCAAGGACAUCGGGACCUGGCUGCAGGUGCUGGAGGUCAUCGGUGUGCUGGCGGUCAUUGCCAAUGGGAUGGUCAUCGCCUUCACGUCCGAGUUCAUCCCCCGCGUGGUGUACAAGUACCGCUAUGGCCCCUGCCGGAGAGGGGCCCAGUCUGAAGUCGACUGCUUCACCGGCUAUGUCAACCACAGCCUGUCUGUGUUCUACACCAAAGACUUCCAGGAUCCUGCCGAAAUCGAGGGCUGGGAGAAUGUGACCGAGUGCAGGUACCGGGACUAUUUCUCUGCUCAGGACUCCAACUUCUCAGAGCAGCAGUGGUUCCUCCUGGCAAUCCGCCUGGCCUUCCUCAUCCUCUUCGAGCACGUGGCUUUAUGCAUCAAGCUCAUUGCGGCCUGGUUCGUACCCGACGUCCCACAGUCGGUGAAGAACGAAGUCCUGAAGAAGAAGUACCAGAGACUGGAGCAAAAAAGCUGCAGCCCCAAGAGCACAGACGUGUAGGGGACCCGGAGCAGGUGGUGCCCGGAGCCCACGACUCCGGAGCUGCCACCACCGCCUCCCGCCCCAGCCUGGCUGGCUGUGUGUGGGGAACUUUAAGAAGACCCAAGUGUGUGGGGGGGCCCUGGGAGCCCCUGUGUGUUUGGGGUGUCUGCGAACUGCACCCUUGUCCGUGGUCUGUGAGGCCUGUUCCAUGUGUUAGGUCUCAGGCUUGGUACUGCCUGACUUGAACUCUCAGUGGCUCCUGCCGGCCCUAGAAGGGGAGGGCGGGCAGGGCAGAGGCUCCUGCGCAGCCACAGUGCAGGGGGGCUGGCCUCUUUCCUGGGCUGCCCUCUGACUUCUGGGCCCCAGAUCUUGCCCCACCCCCUGGCUCCCUUCAACCAGCAGAAUUUUCUAUAAUAAAAUAAAAAUUUUCUGUAGA